AUGAGUAGAGGAGCACCGGGAGGACGAGGCGGUGGUGGAUGGAGAGGUGGAAGAGGAGGUGGGAGAGGCGGUGGUAAUAUGGGAAUGGGCUUAGAUAUUCCAGAAGGGUUGGUGAUUACUUACCAGGAAAUACCACUAUAUCCAGCAUUUGAUUUGCCGCCAUUUAAAGAACCAACGGAGUUGGAAAACCAAAUGUUUGACAUUUACUCCAAGUUUAUCGAGACAAUGAAAUCAUCACCAUUUUUCUUGGAGAAACCUGUGGUCAAAAAAGAUCUGGAGAGAUAUUCUGAUAAAUACAUUGCUGCCAAGCCAAUUUCUCGAAUGUUGCACCGAACAGCUACUGAUUUAACGUUUUUUCCAGAAGAGCUACAUUCAGUCAAGGACACUACCAAGAAAAUGGCUAUGCCAAAGUUGGUUUCAAAGGACUUGGAUCUUAAGCAUUUAGAAACUCUGGAACUGGCAGAAGCAGCACAAUCUAAAAAAGAAGGUGGUGAUGCUAUUGGUGUUAAUGAGGAUGAGACACUUCCUGAAGACGAGGAAUACGAUGAGGAUAUUGAAGAGGACGAUAAUGACUACCUGAUUGAUUACUAUGAAGAUGACUUGGAUGUUCUUGGUGGCGACGGAUCUGAAGGUGGUGAUUACGACUACUAA